UCGUUGGCAAUAAAGUUAUCAAACUGGAGAAACUAUUAGCACGGCCAGAACCAACACCAGGAGUUUCAGAAGAAUGGGGCUCUGGUUGGAAUGGUCCAAAUUUUAUUGUGGAAAUCGAAGAGACUGGCUCUGCCUCAGCAACGAACACAGAUUAUCUCAACAGCAGCGAAGAUGUGACCAAUUUAGCUCCACUGAAUUCCACCCUAGCGGGGAGUGGUCCCAAAAUCGUGGUACGACCCGAAGAGGUGAUCAUUGUGGGCCUAGUGUUGAUGCUUUGGGUUGGCGCCAUCGUGCUGUUCUUUAACCGCUGGGGUAAAAUACGCAUGCUGGAACCCUAUCAACCGAAAUUCCAGCAACAGCAUCGGUCUUCCUGUCCGCUAGUCGAUAUUGAUGCAAUACCAACACAUGGGCGCGCAUCUGUAUCUCGUAUGUCAAUGGGUUUAGUUAAUAACAUAAAUAUGCCGACCUGUCAAUUCGCUGCUUAUAAUCCGACGAUAUAUGCGAAAGGUUAUGCUGUGAAUAUGCGCCCUCGGCAAAACUCGGUGUUCGUUGGCUCCAGCCCCAGUCAGUUUAUGAUGCCCCGACCGCCGCGUAAAACACGCUCCGCCAUGGACUUACAUUCGAUGGUGCUGGAUGAAGCGGCGGAGCAGGUUUAAACACAUUUCCAUGUUUACUAUGAAGCACACCAACGCUUAAGAUCAACACUAAAGUUUCUUAUGUAAAAAAUAUGAAUGCUUUUGCUCACUAUCACUCUCAAACUAUAUGAAUGAAGUCAAUAGAAUAUUUACUCUAAUGUAAUUAAUUGUUUGCUCUCGCACUUGUUAUUUGCUACAAGUCACUACUAUUUACCAAACAAUACUAUAUUAUAUAUAUCUUUUAAACAGUAUAUAUACUUACGAACAUAUUUUUAUGCUUAAGAAUUCUUCCUACUAUAAUGAAAUAAUAUUAUAUCAGUUGCGUUCUUAUUAUAUAUGUAUGUGCGUGGAUUUCAUGUUUCUAUGACAACUAUCGAAACUUCGUCUUAUUCUAAGCCACCUACUAACUAGAACUAUGUAUAUAUAGUACAUAUAUCUAGUAUAUUAUAUAAGCAAUUGAGUGUUUUAUACAUUUUAUAUAUAUAUGUAUAUGUUAUAUGUAUAUAAAUACUAGCUAUGAACUCUUCACUAAAAAUGGAACGGAAGAUACAUUGGCUUCGAGUCGUUAUAUUUUUAUAUACACACUCCUUGAUAUUAUAAUCUAGAGUUGCCGCUGUUAAAUUUUUUCAAUAUCUUCUGCGUGAAAAAAAUAUGAAAAGAACCGAAUUCGAAAGUAAAUUUAUUUGCUCGCAUACCCUUGGCUGUCGUUGCUUUCAAAUUUCAAUCUCUACCAGUUUGGUAUUUUAUUUGCUUUUUAGAAAAUACUAUAUUAUAUUCAUAUCCACUAUUGUGCUGGAUUUAAAAAAUGCUUCUGAUAGUAUCUUCACAAAAUGAGUAAGUAUUGAAAUAUACUAUAAGAUGAUCAAAGAGAAAUUUGUCUAUUGAACUAACUCCAGUAAAAUAAGCUUAGCGGAUUGUCUUCCGUCGGAAUAUUCUUGGCAAACCUUUAAACAAGGCUCUAUUUUCAUAUAAGUUAUUAUUAACUGGUACCCUUGGUCACUUGAUUUGGAAUUAUUAGAGAAAUUGGAAGAUUUUGGAAGUCGA